AAAGCAGGCUCGACCCACGGGUUCUGGAGAUUUAAAAGUUUGGGGAGAGAAGAACUGUCAGAUCGGCAGCUCCACAGUGGGAAGCAAAGACCAGGGGCUCCCAGGACGCUCGAGUCCACUAGGAGGAGCCUGUGGGAAACUUGGGGAGCACAGACGUGCUCGGCUGUAGAAAUCCAUAACCCAACAAGCAUCUCUGGGCAGCGGGAAAACUCAAGGAUGCCCAGAGAUCACAGCUGCCGUCAGCUGCCUCCGCUGACUGGCUACGGCAGGUCUGAGAAACAGCUGCUGGGACGUGGGCGUCCAGCUGCUCGGCUCCUCCUGCUGCUCCUGGCCUCCUGGGCGUGCGUCUGCCAAGGUGUUUCAAUAUCACCUCUGGCAAUACAGACAGACAAAGAGUUACAGCUGUGGACUGAGCUAGAUAAUGCUUGUUCAGCUUUCCUGUCUAUUGACGCCCAGCCUCAGGUAUCCAGUGAACUGGAAGACCUUUGCUAUAUGAUUAUGGGAAUUUUGACAAAACCACAGGAAUCAGAUGAAAAGGACAAUACCAAAAGGUUCUUAUUUCAUUAUUCUAAGACACAUAAUUCGGGUAACUCAGAUGUAAUGUCAUCUGUUGUCCAUCCUUUGCUGCAACUCGUUCCUCAACUGCACGAGAGAAGAAUGAAGAGGUUCAAAGUGGAUGAAGAACUCCAAGGACCUGGAAGAAUUCAAAGUCGGGGUUACUUUUUAUUCAGGCCACGCAAUGGAAGAAGGUCCACAAGUUUCCAAUAAAAUAAAAGGCCUUUGAACUACUUUUACGUCCCAGAAGUGGCAGUGCAGAGAACUUUAAAAAUUUUUUUUUGCUCAAAUAAUAUCAACCAAUCAAUUGUACAAUUUUUGAGAAUUCCUUGGAAUAUAAAUGCACCCCAAUUAGAUUUAGUUAAGAAUGUAAAUGUUUGUUUAAUUUCAUCUUUAAAUGUUCCCUUGUAGUCUAAUUCUUACAAGUAUGUUUAAUUAAACUGUGACUUUUGCAUGUCAGAUA